AGAGGACCAAUCACAGCGACGUGGAGGCAGGAACAAUGGGAAAUAAAGGUCGGACGGAAGUUCCCGAAGCUUCCGGUGGCCGGCUUAAUUGGGAGCUAUGGCUAAACAUCAUCCUGAUUUGAUCUUUUGCCGCAAGCAGGCUGGUGUUGCCAUCGGAAGACUGUGUGAAAAAUGUGAUGGCAAGUGUGUGAUUUGUGACUCCUAUGUGCGUCCCUGCACUCUGGUGCGCAUAUGUGAUGAGUGUAACUAUGGAUCUUACCAGGGACGCUGUGUGAUCUGUGGAGGCCCUGGGGUCUCUGAUGCGUAUUAUUGUAAGGAGUGCACCAUCCAGGAGAAGGAUAGAGAUGGCUGCCCAAAGAUUGUCAAUCUGGGGAGCUCUAAAACAGACCUCUUCUAUGAACGCAAAAAAUACGGCUUCAAGAAGAGGUGAUUGGUGGGUGGCCCCUUCCUCCCCCCAACAUCAAGCUGCUGCAGCUGCCAGAAAACAUGCCUACUACUACCAGCAGAGAGGGAGCAGAGACCAUAGCAUCACCAGGAGUGCCUGCUAGUGUACUGGCAGCUUGCCACCCCCUCCUCUCCCUUCACCCAGACGUGGUAGGGAUGGAAAAGGAUUCUUCACAGAGCACUCUGGCACACCGUAUUAGAGAAAAGUUGAUAGAUUAGUUAAUGAUUUUUCUUAAAUUCGAGAAGCAGAGAUCUGUUCUCCAUAUUGAUAUGUUCUCCCUCAACCAAGAUCUUCUAAAAAGAGGUAGUAUUUUAGUCUUCUGCUUGGGGAGUUGGCUGUGAAGCUACAGCCGGUGAAAACCACGUUCUUGCAGCAGCUCUGGUGGCAGCUGUCCUUGAGGAACUUUUGGUGUGUGGUGGGAAGCUAUCAGAACAAGAAAUGUAGGCAUUUACUGUUUUUGGGGGAGAGGGAGGGGUGCUCCGCCAUCUUGAAAGGCAUUUAUUCAUUUAACACUUGUGUUGUCAUGUUAUUUUCCUUUUGAGAAAUUGGAAACUCUGUUGCUAUUAUGUUAAUAAAGUUGGUGUUUAUUUUCUGGUA